CUGAUUUAAUCACAAUGUCAGAGUUCACAGCUGUCAGCAUGCUUUCGGCACAGUAAAGGCACCUCUUUGUUUUUUCUUUCUUUCUUUCUUUCUUUCUUUUUUAUUAAACUCAAGCUUGGCUGACUCCCGUAUUGUUUUUCCUCCAUGCUCGCCUUUGUUUACCUGCUGUUAGAGGAAUGUCUAACUGACAAACCUGCCAGCCUUGUUUUCAACCGCAACCCUCGGUCCAAGACUUGUUCUUGCACACUCCCUCUUUCUAUCCUUCCCUCUCUUCUUCAUUAACAAGCACGCACUCAGCUGGUGUCUUCCCUCCGUGUCCUCGGACAAACCUGUGGCGCUCCGUUGUUUAGACUCUCCCUCCCAUUCAGCUCUGACGGCCCCCUGCCUGGGUCGUGUCUCCCCGUGGACAUCGAGAGGUUUCCAAAACAGGCAGCUCUAUUGCAUUUGCCAUUCUGAUCGCCAUCACACUGUGAUGUCCUGUAGCGGGGUUCAAUAGAGUGCACUGGUGAAGCGGGUCGCCGCAGCAAGAGCUGGCAGCAACCUUGCCGAUCAAUACUUUGGGCCGAUGGGAGAGCUGGUGGGACGGUGGACUGGUGGGCGACAUCCUGCAACAGCUGCAACAACAACAACAACAACAGCAGCAGAAUCAAAUGGCGCCCAGUAUGUGAACUGUGUCAUGCCGAGGCAUCGGGUCAAUAAAUAUUCCUAAAUGUGCACACAGUAAGAACUCGACACCUCAUCAGCAGAUAGAAUAUUGACGUGAAAGCAAGAGGAAGGAUGGUGACGCUGGAAACUCCAGAGGCUCCCGUACCUCUGACGGCGCUGUCACGCUGGUACCUCUACGCCAUCCAUGGCUACUUCUGCGAGGUCAUGUUCACAGCCGCCUGGGAGUUUGUGGUGAACUGUAACUGGAAAUUCCCCGGUGUUACCAGCGUGUGGGCGCUUUUCAUCUACGGCACCUGCAUCCUCAUCGUGGAGCGGAUGUACCUGAAGCUGCGCAGCCGCUGCCCGGUGCUGCUGCGCUGCAUCAUCUACACUUUAUGGACGUACCUGUGGGAGUUCGGCACGGGGCUGCUGCUGCGCCAGUUCAACGCCUGCCCCUGGGACUACUCCGAGUUCCGCUACAACUUCAUGGGACUGAUCACGGCCGAGUACGCCGUGCCCUGGUUCUGCGCCUCCUUCAUCGUGGAGCGCUUGGUCAUCCGCAAAACUCUGCGGCUGCGGUUCCACCAGGGGCCCGAGGACGGCUGGUCUAACCAUCGGUCGGAUGCUGGGGGCGGAGGAAGGGCGGGAGGAACUGUGGGGGGUGGGGGGAGGAGGAGGGAGCGGAGCAGAGGGAUGAGAAAUGAUGCUAAUGGCUACCUUAAAGGAGAAUGAAUGAAGGAAAGACGGACACAGUCUGAAACCAGCCCAAUCGCCCUGCUACACCUCUUCUACCCACCUCAGCCACUUUUCAUAUGAAAUCCUCCCUCUUAGCUUGAGGGGAGGGGGGGGGACAAACGGACAGCUGUGUAGAUUGGGCUGGUGUGCAGAGGUGUGCAGAGUACCAGAAGAGCCAGAAAACAAAACCAAACUGCGGCCUCCAAUGGCCAGAUCACUCACCGUGCUAUCUUCUGUCAACAGAGGCACAUUAACUCCAUGCUGCUGUGUUUGCUGCAUCCCAUAACACGCCCACCCAUUUCCAUGUGGAGUCGACCUUGAGGAGAUCAGGAUACCUCCUGUCCCGAAGACUGCAAAGCACACGGGAUUAAAAAAUGAAAUACUGUUGCAAAAAUUAAUUAUCAUUCUGCACAAGGAUUAAAUUCAAGGACAAUAUUUCUGUUUUUCAGGGGCGUAUCAGUCCAUCUGAAAGCAGAAAAGCUUGCUGCAUAGAAAUCAUAAUAAAGUAGCUACAGCUGUAACAUAUUCUUUUUAAAAUGUACAUAAUGUCCUUUAGUAUUAUUCAAAGUACUGUAGUAAUGUAGCUACUAAAAGCUCUUUAAGAACAUACCGUCCACCCUGACGUAACGCUCCGUGUGUCAGCCUUCGUCAUACCGAAUGUGUUCUGCCGUUAAUGAAUACCCACAAUGCCUGGAAAAGAAAUGCAUGAAAAAAAAUUGUCUUCCAAUAUAAUGUAUGUUUUUUUUUUUUUUUGUUUGUUUGUUUGUUUUUUACAGAGCCCAUUCAGCAGUCACACUGUACGUCUCUUGAGUCAGUCUGCUGUUUGUGUGUGGGGGAUGACAGUCGAUCUGUUAUCACGGUUGAUCGGCGGUCUUCUUCUCCUCCUGGGAGCAUACUGAAGUGUCCUUGAGCAAGACACCGAAAACCCCGAACUGCUCCUGAUGAGCAGGUCAUGGCCUUGCAUGGCAGCUUCUCCGCCAUUGCUUUAUGAAUAAGUGUGUGUGUGUGUGUGCGUGUGUGCGUGUGUGUAAAGGCUUUUAUGAAGCAGUUUAAGGCACUAAAUAAAUGCAGUCCAUUUACAGUAACAGCAGGGGUCCUUUUCUGUUAAUGGUGAUGACUAUGAGCAGCAUAGAGCACCAAACCUCUUUUUACAGUUUUGCAGAAAACCUUUUCCAUGUCCAUUAUUGUGUGUUUCAUGUCGUCUCAGACCUGUCAGGGUCACAUAAGCCUCAUUUAUUGAUUCUCUUCAAUAGUGACUCUUGUCAGCUGAUUUCCCCUUAUGGCUGCUGCCUCAUAAUUGAAGAAGCGUUUGCUCAUUGACAAAAUACUGAUCAAUCUCCUAUUAUACUGUAAGUGUGACAACAAGCAAAGCGACAUAAGUGACUGAAACGGUGUCACAGUCACAAGUCACAUCUGAGGGGGUUGCUGGUCGUCGGGGUUUCGUCCCAUUUUCCAGUCAUUUACACAACAGUUCGUUCGACGAGUGUGUGAUGUGGAGAGCAGGAAGCAUGCAGCGCAUUGUGGUGUCAAAAUUUGCUGCUCGUUUCUGACCGAUGUUAAGGAUCUGCGAGUCGUUUCCUUGGUGAAUAAUGAUCCCUGUGUUGUUGUACGCGACUUUGACAUCUGAGACACUGCAAUACACAUUUAACUGUAAUAUAAACUUGUCUAAAAUGCUGAAAAUAAUUAGUGUUAGAUUAACCGUAACUGUAUUUUUAUUUAUUUAUUUUUUAAUGGUCUUAACUUCACAGCACUCUCAUGUUAUGUGGCGUCGUCCAGACGUUUGGUACUUAAAGCAAGUGAAAACAAAGAGUCAAAUAAUGCUAAUUUCCUCUGGUGUUGUUACUUUCCAUGUGACUUCCUCUACUCUGGAAGUAGAAAGAUGAAGGACUGUACUCUCAACCUUCAGGCAUACAGGAACUGACAGCACUGUUUUUAGUCAGUGGGUCUGGUGCUACAGGGUCAAGAUAAAAGAAAACAGGUCGGACAUUACCCUGAACAGUGAUGCCAAGGUACCAGGGGAAGUGACAGUGACAGUUUAAACGGAAACCUGGUCGUCGAAAAGUAUUCCUCAGGAGGACAAUUUAUGUAAGACUCAGUCAGGAAAAAAAAAGCAAAAAAGCAAAAACCCCAACCCAGAUCCAAAUCCAUGUUCCCAUGAUCAUGUAAAGGC